AUGGCGGCACCAAUGGUGGAGAUUCAGACGUCAAUGGGAUCCUUCACGGUGGAACUAUACGAACGCCAGGCACCCCGCACAGUUCAGAACUUCAUUGGGCUAGCAAUCAAGGGGUAUUACGACGGCACUGUGGUGAGUGGCGACCCCACCGGCACCGGGAGGGGCGGGACGUCUGUCUUUGGCGGGAAGUUCGAGGAUGAGGUGACAAGAGAGCUGAAGCACACUGGGGCAGGCAUUCUGUCGAUGGCAAACUCGGGUCCAAACACCAAUGGCAGUCAGUUCUUCAUCACACUAGCCCCAACACCGCAUCUGGACGGCAAGCACACCAUCUUCGGCCGUGUGAGCAGUGGGAUGGAGGUGAUCAAGCGGUUGGGCAAUGUGCAGACAGAUGCCGGCGACCGCCCCUUGGGCGAGGUGCGGAUCAUCAAGGCCCGGCUUCUCUGA